AUGGCACCACCUACUCAUAUGAAUUUGAUGUGCAAUUUACUACGAGCGGUACAAGAGUUGAGUAGGCAAAAUCAAGCACCUCCACCACAAAAUGCACUGCCACAGCAGAAUGCACCACAUUUUGCCCCUGGAGCUGUCUCAAUGGUUGAGCAAUUUCGUAGAUACAAGCCUUCUACUUUCGACGGUAAUUUUGAACCAUUGGUUGUCGAAGAGUGGAUAAGAGGCUUGGAGCGCAUAUUUCGACGCAUUGCUUGUACGAAUGCACAGAAAGUAUUAUGCGUAGAAUUUAUGUUGAUUGGAGCAGCUGAUCACUGGUGGGAAUCUGUUUCACGUACAAGGAUGGAAGAGCAGCAACGUAAUCUGGCUUGGGAGCAGUUUAAAGAUGAAGUGAUGCUCUUAAGGUAUGCCCCGCACUUGGUGGAUACAGAAGUUAAAAAGAUUAGGAGGUUUGAGAAUGGACUGCGCCCUGAGAUCGGCAUGAUCAUUAUGUCCCAGCGUUUCACCUCAUAUCGUGAAAUGUUGGAGAGGGCUCAUGCUAUUUCAUAUAAGAGGACCUCAUUUGAACAGGGUGAAUGUUUACUUGGGAAGAACAUGUGUUUCCGGUGUGGUAAUCUCGGACACAUUGCUCUCAACUGCACAGAGCCUCCAAAGAAGAUAGAUGAUGAUCAAGACAAGAAUAAGAAAGCAAAGGCUCGAGUUUUUGCACUGAAUCAGCAUGAGGUGGAGCAGGAUCUAAAUGUGAUUGCAGGUAUUCUGUUAUUAUCUAAUGUACCCGCUUACGUACUUUUUGAUUCUGGGGCUACCAAUUCUUUUAUCUCUACAUCCUUCGUCGCUAGGUCAAACCUUGCAUGUGUGAAAACGAAUUAUGAAUUAGAGGUUAGCAUCCCUUCAGGAAGAACUCUUUGUACAAAUCGGAUGACAAAGGCUAUGAAGUUAGAGAUUGAAGGGGAAAAUAUUACAAGCAGACUUAUACCUUUUGGACAUGAAAGAUUUCGAUGUUAUUUUGGACAUGGAUUGGUUGGGACUUAA